AUGGAAAGAACCAUUCAGUCCAUCGUUGAUGCUUUGAGCUCGCGGCGCAUCAACACUCUUACCGAGCUGCGACGCAUGGAGCGCAUUCUGCUUGCUGCAGUUCAGCCUCAUGUCACCGACCUGCGCGAAAGCUCGCUUGUAGGAGUUUUGGCUGCUGCGUGGUCCAACUAUGUUCAGAACAACAAUCUUCUCAGCGAGCUACGGAAUCUGACACGAAGUUACCCCUUUAGCUCGGAACUGCUCGACGAGGCCAAGGCAUUGGUCAUGGCAGAUCCAGAACGUAGCCGUAGCUGGAAUUACGCGUGGUUGGUGUUGGCCAAGAUUGAGGAGGAAAACUUGAUCGACAAGCAUGCAAGAACAUUAGCCACAUCCCCUGAUAUGUGGGGAGGCAGUCUGCCUCAUGAGGAGAUGAUCUCAAUGCUCGAGGAGAAGUGCCGCGAAGACUGGAAAAGAGCGGUUGAAAUCAUGCUGAGACACUGGGAAACCCAACCGGUCUACCCCAUUGAAGAAGUAGAGCAGGAGUAA